CCCGUGAAAGUUUACAGUGGUAUCCACAAAAUGAAAUGAAGUGAAAUAGUUUUUUGUUCGGUGACCUUUUUACAUCCUCGGAAGUGUUUGUGUCAAACGAGAGCAUAAAAGAAUACAGUAGUCGUGAAAAAAAACACAGUUCCACUAGUUUAUUGGGAGAUGCCAUAAAGUUUACAAUGGGGCCGAAAAGGGCUCCGCCAUAAAACUACAAACAACUCGGAUCCUCAUAAAACCAUAAGCGAUUCAUGACACCUCAACAAAAAACGCGGCCCGUCGAGGAUGGUGCAGCGAGGAGGCAUCAGAGACGGGCGGUCUCGCGAUGAUCGCAGCGACAGCGAUGGUCGGAGCCCCGCUCGGUCAGGUCCGUGCGUCGCCCCUUGCCGCGCGGGCAGCUGCAGGCUCAGGUGAGCAGCCGGCCGCUGAGGGGGAUGGUGCGCCAUGUCCGGCAAGCCCCCCAGUGUGGCGCCGCGAGCGGGCGCGCCGCGCGUGCUCGUGUACGUGGCGGACCCGCGCCAGCUAGACGCCGGCGCCGCGGCCGAGCCGCCGCCUCUGCCGCCGCAGCCUCUGGACCAGCUCUACUUUCACGAUAACGUGCCCCACCAUCUGCCCAGGCCCAGAAACGUUUACCGGGCUCAGGCCGAUCUGCCCGACCUGAGGAACCCUCCCAAUGCAAUCUAUUACAAGUCACUGGCUGAAAACGACAACAAAGUUGGUGGUUAUGGUGUGGCCGAUAAUGAUUUGGUGCAAAGAACAGAGUUCUUUCAGGUUAACCAACAGUUUCUCAAAGAAGCAGGUUUAAAAAUUGAAGAAGGUAAAGUGAGUGACCGGCCAAAUGGUGGGAAAAGAGAGUGCGUCAGCAUAAAUGGUGCAGAAUUUGGGGGCAUAGAAGGUCAGUACAUGUCCCCUGCAGAAGCAGGAGAGCUAGUGACAUAUCAAACAAGAUGUUCAGGGCCCAGUGCUGAUAUUAUGCCACCCAUGCAAUCAGUAGCAAUACGUCAAAACCCAAACCAGUUUGAUGCAUGUGCAGUGCAGAGUGAUGGAACAAUCCGUGGUGAUAGGGAUCUGUUGGUGGGUAAAAAUUAUGUGAACUAUCAAAUUCUAGAACAGAGUGUAUCUCACCAGUCUAUCGUGAAUCAGAGUAUAAGUAUACUGAAUCAGCAAGUGGGAGUGAGUAGGGGUGUGGUGAAUGAAGGUGACAGUGGUGCGCCACUGAUGCUAGCAGUGCUGCCUACGCAGCCCAAUGAAGCUGAUCCUUGCACUCGGACACAAAGUGAACUACUGACUAUAACAGUACCCUUAGGUUGGAGAAGAAUCAUUACUGGGACAUCUGUUAUCUAUGUUAGCCCGAGUGGUACGGCGCUAAGCAACCUGCCACAACUGAGGGAGUACCUGCAGACCACCGGCACCUGCAAAUGCGGGCUGCCCUGUCCACUGCGACCCGAAACCGCAUUCAGCUUCGAUAUUAAGGUGGCGAGCAAACCGUACGUCGCGGGCUCGGGCGCGGAGCUGACGAAGCUGUGCAAUCACAAGCGGAAACUGCUUGCUACGCUGCAGGCGCACGCGCACUCGCCUGGCACGCCGCCGCCGCACCCGCAUCUCGACCACAAGAAAGUGGCCGGCGCCGAAGCGGGCGGGCUGAAGAAAAAGAUAAAGAAGCGUCCAGGCCUUCCCAACAUGAGCGUUUCUCAGAUGAUGGUGCAGAUAGAACGUCCGCUUAACGAUUUCAAGCCUCAAGACGGCGAGCACGGCCGGACGACGUCCCCGGCCGCGGAGCCCCCGCAGCGCGGCGCGCACUACCUCACGGUCAGCAGCGGCUGGAUCUCGCAGCGCGAGAGCCCCGACGCGCAGCUCAGCCCGGGCCCGCCCGGCCAGCUCGUGGGGCUGGGCGCCGGCUACAAGCCGCUCGGCCUCAAGGCCGACGGGCCCCUCGCCUUCAAGGCCGACGGGCCCCUCGCCGACCUCGACCGCGACCUCAAGCACGACCGCGGCGACGCGCCGGCGGCGAAGCGCGCCGGCAAAGAAGAGGAAUCUCAAAUAUUCUGCGGCCUGAACCAGCCGCUCACGCCCGAAGUCAUGCAGAAAAUAAACGAGCAGCAGCAGAUUUUUAUCCAGCAGAACCAAAAACAGAUCGAAAUGGCCAUGAAGGGUUUCCGCGCGCAGUUGGCCGAGAACAGCAAGCCACCCGUGCACAAUCAGUACGUGCCGCAAGCGCAGCUGGUGAUACAGAACGGAGCCGUGGUGAAAACGAACCCCGCCAAGACGCCGCCGUGGCAAGUGAAGCGGAACGAAGCCAACGUCGGCGCCGUCACCAGCCCGACUCCGCAGCCGCUCAGAGUCGACGGCGUGGACGUGGCCGAGGCCGCCGCUAACGAAUCGGAAGAUUGUUCGGGCUCCUACGGCCCCUUCCCCGGCGGCGAGCGAGCCGCGGCCGCCAUGUGCUCGCGCGUGCCGCCGCUGCCGCAGCACUACAACCUGGCGGGCCAGCAGUGGCACGCGCUCGACGUCAACAAGAGGAAGGCCAAAGUCAACAACAAAGGCGUGAGAAAGAAGGGGAGCCCCGCAGAAAACAAAGUUAUGCAGUUUGCAAACCAGGGCAUGCGGAUGCUGCAGGAGUCGAAAGCCUGCGCCUCGAUUCUUGCGGCGUGCGAAGAGACGCCCAACAACGGUAUUCCGUCGUUCAUGGACGAUCCGACCGGGUACCUGGCGCAGCAGACGGCUCUGCUCAACAACACGAUAUCUAGACAAGUAGGAAUGACGUCAACGUUCGAGGGCAACCAGUACGACGGCUCCAACCUCUGCUACGCGGGGCAGAUGCUGGCGGACAAGUGCGCCAGGCCUGCGGGCAAAACGUGCGAAGUCCCCAACGUGUACCGAAACAGCACGGUGCCGAACCCGACGCCGUCGCCCAACAACACUCCCGACAGCAGCGUGCUAUCGGAGAAAGGCGCCGAGACGACGCAGUGCUGCAAGGGCUGCAACGGCACCAUGAAAAGCUCCGACUUCGUCGACAACCAGCUGCGGCUGAAGUACAUGCGCCCCGCCGCGUUCCGACUGGAGGCGGAGGGCGGCGCGUCGAGUCCGCGCCACGUCUUCGACGACAACCCUGUGACGUCGACGCUCGCAGAACGCAGCCCCCCCGAGGGUCCCAUCCAGGCGGGCACCGUCAGCACCAGCCUCGUGGCGCCGCCCUCGCCGUCGCCCACGCGCUGCGGCCUCCGCGACCUGCCGGGCCUCGCCGGCGCCGAGGCCGCGCCGGGGCCCCCCGUCACGCAGGUCAUGCACUUCAUCUCCAACCACAACGUCAACAAGAACCUCAUGGAGGUGGACAACAUCGCGAUGGUGGGCGUGCGGCCCGCGUUUCGCAAGCGCCCGGACAAUGCCAUGCCGGGCUACUGUCCGCCGCCGCACCUGGGAGGCGGCCCGGCGCACUCGCUGGUGCAGGCCUGCUACGUGCAGACCUUCGUCACCACCGUGGCCAGCUUCUCCGUCACCAGGGACACCGUCACUUCGGUGCUGGCCGGCAAGGCCAGCACGGCCACGACGUCCAUCAACGCCUCGCAGGUCAACUUCGUCCGGCCGCCGCCGCCGCCCAGCGUCAACCUCGCCACGACGUACGCCAUACCCACCAACCAGCCGGAUCCGUUCAUAAACUCCGUGAAUCUGCCCACCAGCUACCCUCUUCACAUAGCCGGUACGACGACUCAGAGUAUCAUAGCAAAGUCCCCGCUGGAGAUGGUCCAGAACGUGAUCUGUCCGCCGCCGAAACAGGACAAUACGAAUACUCAGGUCGUGACGCUACCCGCCCGGAGGUCGACCCCGACGACGCCCAGUCAGAUCCUUAUAUCGUCCACGGGCCAGAUAAUCGUGUCCAACAAUCAAAUGCUGCCGCCUCCGCCGAAGACCACGACGGCGAUGUCGCCGCUGUCGGGCUCCGCCGCGAGCAACGUCUCUGCCUCGGUUACGCAAGUAGUGCCGGCCGUGGGCGGCGUGUCGCCGCUGGUUAACCAGUCCGCGGUGGUGGUCAACACUCUUCCGGCGCCGUUCGUUCUGCAGCCGCCCAUGAUGGUCGACGGGCAGGUGGUGCAGCAGAACGCCGUGUUGCCGCAGAUCGUGGCCGGGAUGGUGUCCGGUCAGUCGCAGGGCGAGAGCCCUCGGCAGAUCGACGCCAAGGGCGGCCAGAGCUUCAUGCAGGGCGUGGCGAUGCUGUCGCCGGAGAGCAUCAAGAAGAGGAGCAAGAAGAAGAAAGCGGCUAACAUCGCGGGCGUGCUGCAGAUAGCGCCGCCGCCUUCCGGCAACAUCGUGGUGCACUCGUCGCCGCAGCACAGCAGUCCGCAGUUCUCGCCGCGCGGCUUCCAGCUGUCGCCCAACAGCGCCAACAUCUCGCCCACGCCCGUGCUGCAGGCGCUCACCAUCGUGCCCGGCAAGUCCGGCGCGCCGGCCCACAUCGUCAUGAACGGCCAGGCCGGCGCCGGCAACUUCGGCUCGCAGCAGAUCAUCGCCAACACCUCGCCUUCGCAGCAGAUCAACCUCCUCCAGCCCGUGAACUUGAUCAACAACUCGAGCGGCGUCGUGCCCAACUUCGGCGCGUUCCAGCAGUUCAUCGUGCCCAACCUGGGCGGCGUGGUGAUGACGACCGACGGCGCGGCGAUCAUCCAGGACGGCUCCGGCGGCGUGCCGGUGCAGCUGCAGCUGCAGACAGUGAACGGGCAGAACGUGCUGACGCCCGUGCAGAACUCGUCGGUGUUCACGGCCGGCGCCAACGGCGGCGUCGUCAUCCGCGCGCAGAACCAGCAGGGCAAGAUCCUGCAGUCGCAGCACAGCCCCGGCGCGCAGUUCCUGUCGCCCAACGGCCAGGUGGUGGUGAACGGGCCCGCGUUCAACGGGCAGCUGAGCCCGCUGCUGGCCAACCUCAGCCCGACCAACGUGACGUUCAACGCCGCGCCGCACCCGGUGCGCGCGGGGAACGUGCAGACGCAGGAGUUCAUCCAGACCAACCGGCUGGGGCAGACGCUGGUGGUGCCGCUGUCGCCGAAGCGGCCGGCGGCGCGCGCCAACUCCACGUUCGUGCAGCAGAACACCACCAUCGUGCAGCAGCAGACCACGCUGGUGGCCAACGCGCAGCUGCCGCCCGACGACGACGACGAGGCGCGGCGCGCGCUGGCGCUGGCCGACCUGGCGCACCUGCGCCACUCCGUGUCCACGCAGACGCUGCUGCAGCGCAAGUCGCCGCUGGCCGGCAGCCCGCCCGACACCACGACGCACAGCCCGCUGGGCCCCGAGCGGCCGCCGCAGCCGCAGCCGCAGCCGCGCCAGCGCCCCGACACCACCACGCGCUCGCCCGAGCCCAUGGUGCAGUGCGUGUCCAGCAGCGAGCCCGACGACUGGCGCGACGACGCGCACGGUGCGCCGCUGCCGCGAGCCGCGCGGCCCGCGCCGGCCUGCAAGAGGAAGGGCGACUUCGGCGACGGCUCCGCCUUCCGCGCGGACAAGCUCCUGCGCUGCGACGGCCCGGUCCGCGGGCUGCCCGAGGAGCCCGACUACGAUGAGUCGCGGGCGAGGCUCUUCUCCGCCUCGGGCUCCAGCUCGGACGAGUCCGUGCAGAAAGCGUUCGACGGGCGUUUAGGUUCCGGCGACGGUGAGUGGUUCGCUUCCUUUCCUCUCCGCUGUGCUUUCGAUUCGCUCGACUUUUUCCGCGACCGAGAACUCGCUCGUUCGCUCGAGCGCGCUUCCGGCGCUGUUUGUAAAUAUAUCCCCCCAUAUUUGAAAACGGGCUGGCGGCCCCGUUCGUGCCGAGCGAGCGUCCCAGCCGCUCGUUAUCAACACGAUUGACCCUGAUCUCUUCUCUACCGCUCGGACGUGAAUUUUGUUGCCACAGUACUAAUAUCCAAAACCAUCUCACGCUUAUCGCAUCUAACAAAAUUCAAAAUUGUUCCGAAUGUUGUGUCUUGUAUUGGUUUUGGAUUAUUCACUACGCCAUUUGAAUUAAUCGAUUCCAUUGAACCGACUACGAUAUUUGUGUACAAUUAAACGUGUGAACCUGCAAAUACUCAUGUGUAUUGUGGUAUAUUUCAGCUUCUACAUAAUGCGAUACUAUUGGUCAUUGGUUUUCUUUUGGUUGGGUUAAUACAAGAUACAGCUGUUAAUAAAGGGUGUACUGGAAACUAAUCAGAACAUAAAUGAUGUGCAGCGUUGAAACGUUCUCACCGGCUUUCUGUCGCUUUCCAUUGCACCACACUGAAGUAACAAAUUGGCUCACGAAUUGGGAAUCCAUUACUAACGCAUCAUUGUAAAGCCAUCAUCAUUCAUCUGUUCAUCGUUGUAAGUAAGAACUUUCAUGUAAUACAAUUAUUUAUAUAAAUUGUAGUUUAACUUUUAUUUCGGGUUCGGACGGAGGGAGCGAAUGCGGUUUCCGUGGCUGUUCACGUCGAUAUAUACGCGGUAUUAUCACGGAUUGUGCGCUUCCAAUAUAGUAAACGCCUAUAAUCGUUCAACGGAACUGUAUUUUCUCCCUUUUCGUCCGAUUUCUUAAGUACGCAACUAAUAGCUAAAGAGUUCAAUGAUUUACGUUCGUAACACUCGUUUUGUACGUUCUGUACCUGUAAACGCUCGAGUAUUAAAAAAAGUACUAGAAUAACACGCAGCGCGAUG